AAGCAGCAGCAGCAGCAGCACGGCGGAGAGGAGCAACUGCAGCUGCAGCAGCAGCAGCAGCAGCAAAUGAGGCAUGGAUGUGUCCGGUAUGCCAUGGAGAACCAGUUGCUGCUGCAGCAGCAGCAGCAGCACGACAUCCUGCUUGGCGUUGUAAGCAGAUUGAUUAUAAGCGGCUUGCUGAAGGAGGCGGCCUCGUUGCGGUGUUUGCUGAGCUGCAGCAGCUGCAGCGCUUCUUCCCGAAGCGUAUAUCAUUUAGCAAGUGGGCAGCAAAACACAGCCACAAGCUGCAUGCUAAGAGUCGCCGCCUGCAGCAACAGCAGCAGCAGCAACAGCAGCAGCAGCAACAGCAGCAGCAGCAGCAGCAGCGCAAGGCGAGAACGGGAACCAAUACGCCGACGCAACAAGCUGCUGCUGCAGGGGAGGCUGGAGGAGGCCCUGCAACAGCAUCAUCAGCAGCAGCAGCAGCAGCAGGAGCAGCAGCAGCAGGAAAAGAAGUGCUGUACGUGCUGCUGUCAGAUCUACCUGGUGAAGUUGCUAGCGAGCUGCUGCAGUCAAUGGCUAAGGUUGCUUCUCUGCAUGCAGUUUGCUUCCUGAGGGAUUUCAUGCUGCAGCUAGCAGACAGCAGCAACGAUGAUGACCGUAGACACUUCCUCGAGUACGGCCCUGAGGUUGCGUAUUUGCUGGCGAAUCUGCUGGGGUAUAUGGGCCCCUCUCGCUUGCUGCAGCAGCCAACGCUGCAUGCAGCAGCAGCAAUUUUAAAUGUUUGGAGCAGCAGAAGAAGCCGUGCUGCUGCAGAUGAUUUGCUGCACGACAGCAACAAAGUAUUUGCUCUUCUUGAGGCGGCCUGGGCCCAGCUGCUGGUGCAUCGUCAUGGUGGGUUCGGCAGAAGCAACAGCAGCAGCAGCAGGAGCAGCAGCAGCAGCAGCAGCAGCAGCAGGGGGUUGCUGCUGGAGACGGUGCAGUACGAGGAGUGGCUGUCUGAGGUGUCUGCUGCUGUUCUUAGCAAUGGCUUGGCAUCGCUGGGCUUUGACUAUCAGCGCGAGCGUUUGCUGCUGUACGAACUAACGCACUGCCCGAACUGCAACCAGCAGCAAACUGUUGUCGGACCCUUUCGUACGUCUGUCUCUGUCUUUAUCUCUGUCUUUAUCUCUGUCUUUAUGUCUAUAUCCUUUUGUCUGUCGGCAGCAGCAGCAGUAUUAGUAGGAGUGGUAGUAGUAGCAGCAGCAGCAACAACAGCAGCAUCAGCAGCAGCAACAGCAGUAGCAGCAGCAGCAGCAACAGCAACAGCAGCAAGAGAAGCAGCAACAGAAGUAUCAGCAGCAGCAGCAGUAACCGCAGCACGCCUGCUGUAUCCGCUGCAUCACCCCUCCCCCGCUGACGUUGUGUGUGCUGCUUGUGUUUGUUUCUUUGCUUCUGCUGUUGUUGCUGUUGCUGCAGCUGCGUGCAUGUCUUGCUGCUGCCAGCUGCUGCCUGAGGUUUGCUGCUUCGACUUUGGCCGUCUCUUCGAGCAGCUCGUCUGGGGCUCCUUGCUGCACCGCGCAGGUAUCGAAGCACUCGUUGGCAGCAGCAGCAGCAGCAGCAACACGAGCGACAGGCGCAGCAGCAGCAGCAGCAGCAGCAGCAGCAGCAGCGAUAUCAGCACCAGCGAUAGGAGCAACGGCGACGGCAACAACAACAGCAGCAGCAGCAGCAACAGCAACAGCGGCACCAACAGCAACAGCAGCAGCAGCAGCAGCAGCAGCAUCAGCAGCAGCAUCAGCAGCAGCACAUCUUUAGUUAGUGAGAUUUUGAAGGAGAUGUCUCGCAGCCUUCGGCCCUGGAGAAAUCGCAGCGACCUCGGGACCGAAGAUUGGCGCAAUCAAGUCUACAUGCUGACGCAUGCAUUAUUAGUAGUCAGCGGCUGGUCUCGCUUUUCUUUACCUCUGUUUUAUUUCUUUUGGCUCCCCGACUGCCGCUUUCUCCGACUUGCGCUGCAUGAAGCAGCAGCAGCAGAAGACGUUGAAAUGGUUGGAGAAAUACUGCAUGCGCUGCGGCUGUUUGUCGCUCCCCAGCGGCGGCCUUUGUCUUCCUCCUCCGCCUCAGCAGCAGCAGCAGCAGAAGCAGCAGAAGCAGCAGCAGCAGCUGCAGCAGGAGGCUUGGGUGCACUUGAUGAAGAUGAAGAAGCAGAGCUGCAGGCUGAGGGCUUUGCUAUUCGUUUGGCGGUGCAGCACGGUCUUAUAAGGCCUCAUCGCGGUGCUGCUGGUGCUGCUCGAAUAGAUCAGCAGCACUUAGAGUGGCAGUCGCUGUUUGCUGCUCCUCCUCCUUCUGUGCGGUUGUCAGAUCCCUCUUGCUGCUGCAAGCUGAAGGCAGCAGCAGCAGCACACCGCAGCCCCGCAAGAGCAGCAGCAAGAGCUUCUCUUGGUGUAGCAGCAGAAAGCCUCUCUCCUUAUCUUUCUUGCGCUGUCUCUCCUUUCAUAACGCCGCCAGCAAAUGACGAAGCAGCUUCUUUAAUAGCCAGAGUCAAGGUUAGCAGUAGCAGCAACAGAAGCAGCUGCAGCAGCAGCAGCAAUAGAAGCAGCAGCAGCAAUAGCAGCAGCAACAGCAGUAACAGCAGCGGCAACAGACACUUCACAGGAACUGCUUCUGAGGUGACGAUCCGCGUGCUGCACCGAGUGGUUGACUGUCGUUUGUGGAGGCAGUUAGCCUGCAGCAGCAAAGCAAAUAAAAUAAAAUUAUUUGAAGAGCAGCAGCUGCUGCAGCCUCUUCCUGUCGGGUCGCGCGACGUAGCCGUGGGGCUGUACAAAUUCAGAGACCAGUGGUCAGCAGCAGCAGCAGCAGCAGCAGCAGCAACAGUAGCAGUAGCAGCAGCAGCAGUAGCGGAAGCAGCUGUAGCAGCAGCAGCAGCAGAAGCAGCUAUAGCAGCAGCAGGAGUAGCAAAAGAAGAGGCUGGGGAGUGA